UGGCAUGUUAAAUACUCCAGUAUGAAGAAAUGUACUCUUAAGGGUUCAACAAUACAUUUAUCAGGCACUUUUAAACACCCAGAAAAUCUCACUGUGACACAGAGGUUUUUGACCAUAAAUGUUAGUGGUGAAUCUAUCAAUGUGUUGAAUCACACACAUUACAGAGACAGAGUUAAGUUCUUCCAGAAUACAGAAGGAUUGUUCUUUCUCAAACUCAGUAAUGUGACACACACAGAUGAAGGAAUGUACUGCCUCAGAAUCCUGACGAAUGUAGAAAAACAAAGAUAUCUGUUUCAUCCUGGGCCUGAGCUCAAAGUGACAGAUCUCAGAGUGGAGAUUCCUGCAGAGAUCAUUGAGGGAGCAUCACCUGUAUUAUUUUGUAAGACCACCUGUGACCUCUCAGAUAAAACAAACUUCACCUGGUAUAAAAAUGGCAAGCGUUUAUCAGACUCGAUCGUCUCGGAUCAGCUGUUGCUGUCGUCGGUCAGCAGAGAUGAUACGGGAAACUACAGCUGUGCACCGAGAGAUCAGAAACAUCUGUCGUCUCCUGCCGUCACUCUCAGCGUCAGAUAUCCUCCAAAGAGCGUCUCAGUGUCCAUCAGUCCGUCUGGUGUAAUAGUGGAGGGAGAUUCAGUGACUCUGAUCUGCAGCAGUGACUCAAACCCUCCUGCUCUCAUCUUCAGAUGGUUUAAGGAGAACCAAAGCUCAUCUGUUGGAUCUGGACAGAGUUUCAUCAUCUCCAGCUUUAGCUCCAGUCACAGCGGACGCUACUCUUGUGAGGCUCAGAAUCAACAUGGAUCUCAGAGAUCAGACUCUGUUUCAGUCACUGUUGAAGAAAGCCGCUCAUCUCUGAUCGGGGUCUCGGGGGGGAUCUCUGCAGCUGUUGUCCUGAUGGCUGUGAUUCUGAUGGUCUUCAUCGGGCUCUUGAUCAGAAGGAAACGAGCGACUCCAUCAGAAGAGCAAAACCCCAGAGGAUCAGCACACAGUAAGACGCCGGGGGCUCCUGAGGACACCUACAUGACCCUUGACCCCAAGUCCAGAUCUUCUGAAUACGACACACUGGACAACAUGAAGAGAUCCAGUGAAAACACAGACGACCCUGAAGCUCAGGAGGCUGCGUAUGAAGACAUUGUUUAAUAAUGAGAAUUAGUUAUUUUUUCUGAUUUAAUUGGACAGUUUUAAUUUGACAUCUUCAUUUAAUUUAACAGUUCACU